UUAUGUAAACGCCACUAUGAAAUAAGAAAUAAGAUUGCAUUUAAUUCAUCAAGGCAAGAGAGUUUAGCUUGGACAUGGUGCAUCUUCUGCUUGCCGCGGCCAAAUACUCCCGCCUCUCUGUUCGCUUUUUGUACUCUACAGAGGCUCUAAUCUUCGCGAGAACCACUAGCCAUGGCGAAUCACCAACCCAACCUCCCACCUCCUCCUCCCUCUCUGACCAGAUCAUCUCGGACCUCCAACGCGGCAAAACCCCAAACAAUCUUCUUCCUCAUUCUUCAACUAAUCUAACCGCUUCCGUGAUCAUCGACGUCCUCUACAAAUGCAGCAGAGGAAUCUCUCUCCUUGGCCAAGAAUUCAUUCAUCUCCUUUUGAAAAAACCCAAUCUGAAGCUCUCAUCCGAGUCUCUCAGCGCCAUGAUCCACAUCUCAGUUCUAAACCGUCGCUCCGCCGACGCUCAAUCCCUUAUCCUCCGAAUGGUCCGUCGACGAGGCACCUCAAGAUCACAGAUUGUCGAUGAUCUUAUCUCCACUUACCACGGCUGUAACUCGAACCCGUCCGUUUUCGACCUUUUGAUCCGCACCUAUGUCCAGGCCAGAAAGCUGAGGGAGGCCACUGAGGUCUUCCGCGUUUUGAAGGAGAGGCGCGUUUUAGUCUCCGUCAAUGCCUGCAACAGCCUUCUUGCUGGAUUGGUGCGGGUGGAUUGGCUUGAUGUAGUGUGGGAAUUGUUUAGAGAAGUGGUUGAACUUGGAACCUGUUUGAAUGUAUACACACUGAACAUUAUAGUUAACGCUCUGUGCAAAGAGGGGAGGUUUGAAGAUUCUGAUGAAUUCAUGGAGGAAAUGGGGAAAAAAGGAAUUUUUCCAGAUCUUGUGACUUAUAACACAUUGAUUGAUGCACGCUCUCGCAGCGGGCAUCCAGAAGAAGCAUUAGUUCUGUUGGAUACAAUGAUUACUAAGGGGUUGAAACCUGAUAUUGUAACUUACAAUGCCGUUUUGAAAGGAUUUUGUAGAGAAGGAAAGUAUGAUAAGGCCAAUGAGCUGCGCUUUGAGAUGAUUGGAACUGGAUUGAUGCCAAACAUUACUACAUUUAACAUUUUGUUAGGAGCUUUAUGUAGGAAUGGAAAAAUACCGGAGGCGGUCGAGAUAUACCAGGAGAUUUCAAAUCAAGGUCUUGUUCCUGAUCUGGUAGCCUUUAGCCAUUUGAUUAGUUUGUUUACCAAGAAGGGAGAUAUCAAUUCAGCAUUGUACUAUUUUGAAGCUAUGAAGGCUGUUGGUUUGGUUCCAGAUACUGUUGUUUAUACAAUGCUUAUUGUUGGGUUUUGCAAGAUUGGUUUGAUGUCCAAUGCCCUACAGAUGUAUGAUGAAAUGCUAGAUCAUGGUUGUUUUCCAGAUUUGGUCACAUAUAAUGCAAUGUUGAAUGGAAUGUGCAAGGAAGGAAGACUUUCAGAUGCUAAUAUGCUUUUAAAGGAGAUAAUGGAAAGAAGGUUUGUUCCUGAUAACUACACUUUUACAAGUCUUAUCUAUGGAUAUUGCAGAACUGGAAGUAUGGAGGAAGCUUUUAAUUUGUUCAAUACAAUGCUGAGUAAAAAUGUUAAACCUGAUGUUGUAACUUAUAAUACCUUAAUUGGUGGUUUUUGCAAGGAAGGUGACAUGGAGAAAGCUUAUGAAGUAUGGGAUGGUAUGAUUAAUGUUGGAAUUAUACCAAAUUGCGUCACUUAUAGUAUACUAAUCGAUAGUUAUUGUAAUAAAGGGGAUGUUGUUAAGGCAUUUAAGCUGUGGGAUGAAAUGAUUAGAAGAGGAAUUUUGCCAAAUAUUGUGACUUACAACUCCAUUAUUAAAGGCUACUGCUGCACUGGCAACGUAUUGAAGGCUGAAGAGUUUUUGGUUGAGAUGAAAAGCAAUAAUAUAGUUCCAGACAGGAUAACAUACAACACUUUAGUUGUGGGGUUUGUAAAGGAAGAAAAGAUGGAGGAAGCUCUUUCCUUGGUAAAUAGAAUGGAAGCUGAAGGUGUCAAACCAGAUAUUUUCACUUACAAUGCACUCAUAAAUGGGUAUUGUGAGCUUGGUGAUUUUCAGGAAGCGCGCUGUAUCUUUAAGGAAAUAGCUGCUAGAAGAAUUCUGCCCAAUAAGUUUACUUACACAACUCUCAUAAAUGGAUAUGUUGCUGCUGAGAACUUGAAGGAAGCAUUCAGACUUCAUGAUGAAAUGUUACAGAGAGGUUUUAUACCAGAUGAUAAGUUCUAAGAUUUGUGUUUUGU